UUAGCAUCUUCGCACCGUCAAACGCAGUUUCCUCCACCGCAGUCUCGAACGGCUCGCCCAACUAGGUGCGUUUGCAGAAAGGGCUUUUUCAAUAUGUCCGAGAUCACUGGCCACUGUGACCACGAUGCACCCACGCUACAGCGGCGUCUUCCAAUUUGCAGCAAUAAACCCAAACAACUACCAUCCCUGCAACCCGACGGACCAUCCGUUCGACAAGAUGCCAUACGCCCAUCGAGCAAGCCACGGCACACCGAGACCUAUUCGAGCCGCACCCAUGCCCGAUCCCCUAAAAACAAGCCAAGCAGCGGCGAGGGAGGCAGUUCCAGUCCACUACUUGGACCGCCAGUUCGAGAUCAGGGUACGCAGGGCUCCUCGGACGACGACUUCUACCAUGUCCCGCCAAGUCGACCCAAGCGGGGCAGAUCUGAGCAUCGCAGAGCACCCCACAGCAGCCCCGCAAAGCGCUUCCAGGCGGCAUCAGAUUCGGAAAGCAGCACCAGCACCUUUUCUUCGAGCGGUGACAGCGACUUGGAUUCGGAAUCAGACUCAAACUCGGAAAGUGAUAAUGGCGACUCCCUUCUCCAAGAUUCCAGCGCCGCAACCGCGCAAGCUCUGGGCUUGUCAGACCACGACUACGCCCAGUUGCGCCUCGCCAUUGUGCUGUUUGCCCACUUAAAGUUUCGCGUCUGGAUGGCUUCGGCACGCUACAUGGUCCCCCCCGAACAGCGCGUCCGUCAGCGCGCACGACGGAGGAGCCGCAACACCAGGAUCGCCGCAACAACGACGCGCCGCUACGUCGAGGCCCCCGACCCGAGCAACCCGAAUUUUUACAUCCUCUCGCCCAUCGACGGCUACCACCACCUGGCGUGCCCGUUCUACCGCGCCAACCCGGCACGGCACGGAGCGUGCCUCUUCGCGCCCUCUCACCGAAGCGGGAGGGGAUUGCAGAGCAUCCGCGGCGUGGUGCGCCACCUGCAGCGCCACCAUCGGCAGCCAGAAUACUGCCCCCUCUGCAACGGCGUGUUCGUGUCGGCGACGGGACGAGACGCGCACGUGCGCGCCCGCGUCUGUACGCCGCUACCGCCCGUCGCUAUCGAGGGCGUUACCAGGGCCCAGAUGGCCGCGCUGGCCAGGCAGCAGAAGCGCGCCGCCAGCUCGGCCGCCACCGCACCCACCGAGGAGGACCGCUGGCGCCGCGUCUUUGCCACCGUUUGUCCCGACGCCGACGAGUACGGCUGCUCGCCGUACCUCACCGAGGGCCUGGAACGCACAGUGUCCCUUCUGCGCGACUACUGGUCCACUCACGGCUACAGGUGUAUCGCCGAGUACCUGGCUAGCAGUGGUUGGCACGUCGAGCCGGACAGCGACGCGUUUGCCGCACUAUAUUCUCACGUUUUCCAGGAUUUGAUGGCCAAGGUGGUCGACGAGUCCGGGGAGUGAGUGGCGAAUAGUGCACUAAAUCUCAGCCGGAUCCGAGAACCUUUCGUGUUGGACUUGUGCUUCGUGCUUCGGCUGGGUACCAUGCCCCACCCCCCAACGGAUCACCCUAGCAUGGAUCACCUUUUACACCAAAACACUACAUCUUUGAACAACAACAGCGCACUCAAUUGUGAAGCUAUUUACAAGCUAAAUAUGGCACAAUGUAGCUAGUUGACUGUUCAAUCUAUA